CUUCCAGCCCCAGCUUCGGACGGGACUCCCACACGGCUGCUGCCGUCUCUCCUCCAAACCUCUUCGCCUCUUUCCACAACUUUUCUCAACUUGUCACAUCGCAGCAUAAGUCCGAGACAUCAGAGUUUGGCUGCAUGGCUACAUGAAAGUUUCAUGGACUUGGAUGUUGGAAACGUUUUAUUGGAGCUCGUCGCCUGUGUAGUUACUGUGGAUUACUGACAUACCGCAGGACCCUUGGCAGCCACUUAUUGGGGGUUUUACAGCUUCCAUCUGCAGAGGUCUGAGCCGAAAUGGGGAGCAAAGCUCUGCACGCCCCGAUCCCCCUGCACCCUGCGCUCCAGCUCACCAACUACUCCUUCCUGCAGGCCGUCAACACUUUCCCCGCCGACCAGCUGCAGGGACUGUACGGGCUCAGUGCGGUGCAGACCAUGCACAUGAACCACUGGACUCUUGGCUAUCCGCACAUGCAGGGACUUAGGUCGACGAUUACCGCGGCCGCGCAGGGUUUGGUGGACCCCAGAAUCCCCUUUCCGGCGUUGCCCUUCACGGCGGCUGCGCAGCUCUUCCAUCCAAAACAGGCCGCCGUUACGCACGGCAUUCCCCCACAUCACAAGGACAGGCCCAGGUUUGACUUUGCCAACCUGGCCCUCGCUGCUACUCAGGAGGACCCGCCAAAGGCUGCGGACCUGGCAAAGCUGGCAUCGGGACUAGGGGGGACCAUCUCCGAGCUGAGCAAGCUGUCCCCCGACAGAAAACCCACCCGUGGCAGACUUCCGUCCAAGACUAAAAAGGAGUUUAUUUGCAAGUUCUGUGGCAGGCAUUUCACCAAGUCCUACAAUCUGCUCAUCCACGAGAGGACCCACACAGACGAGCGGCCUUACACCUGUGAUAUUUGUCACAAGGCUUUCAGGAGACAGGACCAUCUCAGAGACCACAGAUAUAUUCACUCCAAGGAAAAACCGUUCAAAUGUCAAGAAUGUGGGAAGGGAUUCUGUCAAUCCCGCACCCUAGCCGUCCAUAAAACCUUACACAUGCAGGAGUCUCCCCACAAAUGCCCCACAUGCGGAAGAACCUUUAAUCAAAGAAGUAACCUGAAAACUCACCUUCUCACCCAUACAGACAUCAAGCCCUACAGCUGUGGCCGCUGCGGAAAGGUGUUUCGGCGCAACUGUGACUUGCGACGGCACAGUUUGACGCACAGCCCACAUCAGGACUACUAGGCCUGGACAGACUAAUAAAAAUAACAAAGGGACAAAACUCGGCGAGAUGGUUCACCGACUUUUUUGUCAUCAAAGAGACUUUCCAAUCCAGGACACGUUGCCUCGCUGGGCAUUUUACCGAGGGGAUUUGUUUGCACCCCAAGGAGAAGCCAAAUAAGCCAUGACAAAGAAUAUCCAGCUUCACCAGCACCUGUAAAUAUGAAGACCGUGUAAAAAAUAUGUUUUUUAUUUUCUUUUUCUGACCUUGAAAUAGCAAAAUUGUCAACAAAAGUCAUAAGUUUAAAGUAUGUUAAAUUGUAUUUCAGAAAUAAAAUAUUUUCAUGACACUUA